UCACUUCUGUAUUUGACAAUAAUGGCCACAGGUGACAUGUUUGAUCAUGUUUAUGAUAACACCAACUGGAUGAAAAAGAACAGCGGGGACAGGAGGCCUGGUACCGAGAAGAGAAAUUAUAUCUUCAUCGUGGUUCUAUCUGUUCUCUUAUCUCUUUUGACUAAUGCAGUGCUAGGAUACUACUAUUUCAUGAAGGAAACUAGUCAAUUUUGGGACUGUGCACCAGUAAGAAACUGCUCAAAUUCAGAAGGUAAUCCAAGUUGCAAAUUUGAGGAGAAGGAAUUAUUAAACUACUGCCCAGAUUUGUCAGAGCAGUGGGUAAAAGGCAACGGCAGGUUCUAUGUUUUCUCCAGCUUUAACAAGACCUGGAACUUCAGCAGAGAACACUGUCAGAGUCAUGGAGGAGAUCUGGUCAUCAUCAACAACACAGAUGAAAAGGCAUUUCUGGCUCAUAGAUUAUGUAUCACUGGAGAAUCUAAUCUUUACUGGACUGGCACCCAUGGGGGGAACUGGGAAGGACAGGAACAAGUCAACUGUGCUACACUUAAAGGAAAUAAACAAGGGGACGCAUCUUGCCAUAGGGAAGAGAGAAGCAUUUGUGAGAUUCCAUGCCUCUGAUUAAAAAAACGACUGAUUAAUUUUAUGAUGUUAAUCAUAAAAUCAUCAUAAGAUUUUACUGCACUAUAGUAAAUGUAUAUGAAUAUAUAUAUAUAUAUAUAUAUAUAUAUAUAUAUUCAUGCUUUUUUCUAUAAUGUGAUAAUUUUUUGCAA